AUGGACAUCAACAUCGAUGAUAUUCUAGCGGACCUGGACCGGGAUACUACAGCUGUUGGCAGUACGCCCGCGCCCGCGGGCGACGACACGACUCGUCUGGACGACAGCGCGGCGACCGUCGCCGCAGACUACUCUACGUUGGUGACACACUGGUGCAAUGAGCGCGUCGCGCCAGAACUACUGCCGUACCCCCACACCCUGAUGGCCCGCGUGCUGGCCCGCCUUGCCGCGCAGAUCGAGCACCUUGAGACGCUUUCGACAGGCGUGCUGGAGCAGACGCUCGACCGCUCGGCCAAGCUCCCGCUCCUGUGCAUGGAGGCUGAGUUGGAGCGCCUGAAGUUCGUGGUCCGCAGCCUGUUGCGCUGCCGCCUGGGCAAGAUCGACCGCUUCGGCCUCUACCUCCGCCAGCUCGACGCGCGCAGCCCGGGAGCGCUCCAGACGCUGCUCUCGGCGCAGGAGCGCGUUUACUACGAGCGGCACUCCGCCAUUCUGCUCAAGCUGUUCAACAAUGCGAUCCUGCGCCACAUGCCGGCGGAAAUGCAGGCCGUCGACGACACCGAAGGCUCCGUCAGCAUGAUCGACGAGCCCGAGUGGGCCCGCUUUGUCUUUCUCUAUGUGCGCGAGCCCGCGCCGGACGCCCCGGACCCGCUGCUGGCUGUUGACGACCACGGCCAGCCGUGCUACUCCGUCAACAUCCCCGAGCUGGGCGAGGUCGUGGACCUGGCCGUCGGCGGCAUCUAUAUCAUGCGCUACAACGUCAUAAAGGACCUCCUGAUGGACGGCAAGGUCGUCCUCAUUUGA